UUUAUAGUCCAAGUGGUGUCAGCAUUCUCUUUGUUCUUGUUGCAGUCAAUUCUACUUAAAAAGAACUCAUGUAGUGAUAAGAAAUGAAAAUGGAAAGUGCAAAAGAAAACCAAUGGUGCAGCUACCCUCUUCUGUUUGAGAACUUAUUUUCUGAGAAUCUGAAGACUUACAGUUGCAGGAGUGUGCAAGUCUAAUACUUCAUUUCUAUUUUGUUAUGGAAAGAUUUGUAGAGAUAAUUCACGAGAAGUGGCUGAAUCUCACAUACAUUUGGAAAGGUCCUGCUCCUCCUUGUGAAAAACUCAGGUGUUCCGGGUAACCACAUAGUGUAUAAAGCCCCUCAUUGUGCUAGUGACAAUUCUGUAACCCAGAAGCCAAGGAAAGAGUUGUCUUUGUGUUCAUUUCGAGAGACAACGUCAAGAUAUUAAAUCUUAGAGAAAUGGCUUUCGUUUGCUUGGCUAUCGGAUGCUUAUAUAGCUUUCUGAUAAGCACAACAUUUGGCUAUACUUUAUCUUCAGACACCAAGACAGACGUUUACCCUCCUCAGAAUUUUGAGAUAGUGGAUCCUGGAUAUUUAGGUUAUCUCUAUUUGCAAUGGCAACCCCCACUGUCUCUGGAUAAUUUUAAGGAAUGUACAGUGGAAUAUGAAUUAAAAUACCGAAACAUCGGUAGUGAAACAUGGACAACCAUCAUUACUAAGAAUUUACAUUACAAAGAUGGGUUUGAUCUUAACAAGGGCAUUGAAGCAAAGAUACGCACACUUUUACCAUGGCAAUGCACAAAUGGAUCAGAAGUUCAAAGUUCCUGGGCAGAAACUACUUAUUGGAUAUCGUCACAAGGAAUUCCGGAAACUAAAGUUCAGGAUAUGGAUUGUGUGUAUUACAAUUGGCAAUAUUUACUCUGUUCUUGGAAACCUGGCAUAGGUGUACUUCUUGAUACCAAUUACAACUUGUUUUACUGGUAUGAGGGUUUAGAUCGUGCAUUACAGUGUGUUGAUUACAUCAAGGCUGAUGGACAAAAUAUUGGAUGCAGAUUUCCCUAUUUGGAGUCAUCAGACUAUAAAGAUUUCUAUAUUUGUGUUAAUGGAUCAUCAGAAGACGAGCCUAUCAGAUCCAGUUAUUUCAUUUUUCAGCUUCAAAAUAUAGUUAAACCUCUGCCACCAGGCUAUCUUACUGUUACUCGGGAGAAUUUAUAUGAAGUUCAGCUGAAAUGGAGCAUACCUUUUGGACCUAUUCCGGCAAGGUGUUUCAUUUAUGAAAUUGAGAUCAUAGAAGAUGAUACUACCUUGGUGACUAUUACAGUUGAAAAUGAAACGUACACCUUGAAAACAACAAAUGAAACUCGACAAUUAUGCUUUUUAGUAAGAAGCAAAGUGAAUAUAUAUUGCUCAGAUGAUGGCAUUUGGAGUGAGUGGAGUGAUAAGCAAUGCUGGGAAGAAUUUUUCCAUGAUGAAUGAAGAGUUCAUGUUUCAAGAAACAUGGUAUUGACUCACCAGUUUCCAGUCAUGGCCAAAUGUUAAAUACAAGUCUCAAUAAAGUGAAUUUUUCCUGCAAAUGUUGAAUACAUCUUAUUUAAAAGUAUUGUUUUAUUUAAAUAGGCUUUUGAGUACUCAAAGCCUCAGCUAGCAGUACAGUUUCUGGAUUCUGUUAAUAGAAAAGAAACUGUUAAUAGUUUCUUUUCUCAUAAAUUCAUUGUAAGAGUGCUGUAUGUAGAAAAAUCAAGGUAUGAGUCAGGUUUUAUAUUUAUGAUGUAUUAAUAAAACAAUGUGACUUCACAGCUUGCACUAAGUCACAGAGAUAUUACCAAAUCUUGGAAGAUGAGAUUCUAGCU